UCAUCCCAACACAGUUGGACUGGGAUCCACCCUGAAAGUUUUUCUGCACCGCUCUCUUCUACCCUCCCAUGCCUUGGUUCCGUCCGUCUGAGACUAUCGGUGUGGCGCCGCUGCUGCCUUCCUACUGAGAGGUGGUGCAGCCGCCGCGAUGGCGACGACCCCGCUCCCUCCGCGGGGAGCGCAGGGCCUCCUGCUGCAGUUACACGGGAUCCUCCUGAGUCCGGACCCUGGUAGCGCAGCCCUUCACGGGCACAACCUGAUCCGCUCCUUGACGGAGACAUGCGUGACUAGCAGCGGGGACGCCGCCCGCGCCUUACAGACUUCUCUGGUAUUUUCUAAAGAAGAUGGUUUACUUGUAUUUAUCCAUAAAUCACUGGGCAUUGAAGAAUUUCGAGACUGCAGAGAAGAAGCAUUAAAAUUCCUUUGUGCUUUUCUGGAGAAGAUUGGCCAAACAGUUCAGCCUUAUGCACUGGAUGUAAAGCGAAUGUGUAUUAGUGUUUAUACAAAAGACAAAGCUGCAAAAUGCCGAAUCCCAGCCCUAGACCUACUGAUUAAGCUGCUUCAGAAUUUACGGUCAUCUUAUGUGAUGGAAGACAUGAAAGUUGGAGACAUUUUUAACAAAUUCUAUGGUGAACUUGCUGUGAAAAGUAGAGUGCCUGAUACAGUAUUGGAAAGGAUUUAUGAGCUUCUGGGAUUCUUGGGAGAAGUCCAGCCUAGUGAUAUGCUUGAAAACUCUGAAAAACUAUUCCGGGCUUAUCUGAGUACACUCAAAACAGAGAUGACGUCUGCGAUAAGAGAGCCAAAGUUCCCAAUAGUAGCUGGGUGUCUGAAAGGACUGACUGCACUCAUGCAUAAUUUUACUAAGUCCAUGGAUGAAGAUCCUCAGACAUCCAAGGAGAUCUUUGAUUUUGCAUUGAAGGCAAUAAGUCCGCAAGUUGAGCUAAAACGUUACGCAGUGCCUCUUGCUGGCCUCCAUUUGUUUAGUAAGCAUGCUGUUCAGUUUACACCCUGCCUUCUUGACAACUAUGUCUCUCUAUAUGAAGUAAUGUCCAAAUGGUGUGGCCAUCAGAAUGCAGAACUGAAGAAAGCUGGCCAUUCAGCCCUGGAUGCACUUCUUAAACAGAUUUCUGCAGUGGUUGCAAAGGAUGCAGAAAUGCACAAGAGCAAGUUGCGUUUUUUCAUGGAACAGUUUUAUGGUAUCAUUAGAAAGAUGGAUGCCAGCAGCAAGGAAUUGUCCAUUGCUAUUCGUGGAUAUGGACUUUUUGCAGCCCCAUGCAAAGCUGUCAAUUCAAAGGAUGUUGACUUCAUGUAUGUUGAGCUUCUUCAGCGCUGUAAGCAAAUGUAUCUCACUGAGGCUGAAACAAUAGAUGACCAUGUGUUUCAGCUACCAAGUUUCCUUCAGUCUAUUGCAAGUGUUAUAUUCCACUUAGAUAAGAUUCCUGAAGUAUAUACUCCAGUUCUUGAGCGUUUGAUUGUGGUACAAAUAGAUAGUUUCCCACAAUACAGUGUAAAAAUGCAGUCUGCAUGUUGCAAAUCGAUUGUAAAGGUUUUUUUAGCCCUAGCAGGAAAAGGCCCUGUACUAUGGAAUUUUAUGAGCACAGUGGUACAUCAAGGUUUAAUCAGAGUCUGCUCUAAGCCCGUAGUCUUUUCAAGGGAAAAUUCUGGAAGAGUUGUUUCUAGUCCAGAGGAACCUACUACACCUGGAGUAGUUAGGGCUGGAAAAUGGAAAGUGCCUACAUAUAAGGAUUACCUGGAUCUGUUUAGAAGUUUACUGAGCUGUGACACAAUGAGGGACUCUGUGUUGGCAGAUGAAACUUUUGUAAUUGCAAAUUCACCACUACAGUCGCUAAAUCGCUUGUUGUAUGAUGAACUCAUAAAGUCUAUCCUAAAAAUAAUAGAGAAGUUGGAUCUUACAGUUCAGAAAGAUAAUGUUAAUGAAGAGAAGGAUGGAGAUAAAGUUGACAUUGACCUCACAAUUCCUACUUCGGAUCCAGCUGCAAACCUUCAGCCAGUCAAGCCUAAAGACUUUACGGCCUUCAUUAACCUUGUGGAAUUUUGCAGAGAGAUCCUCCCAGAAAAGCAUGUUGAAUAUUUUGAACCAUGGAUAUAUACAUAUGGUUAUGAACUGAUUAUACAGUCUACGCGGUUACCUUUUAUUAGUGGAUUCUACAAGCUGCUUUCUAUUGCCAUGAAUAUUGCCAAGAAAACAAAAUAUUUUAAGGGUGUUGGUCCAAAGAGUAAAGAAAAAUGCCCUGAAAAUUCAGAGAAGAGCUCCUGUUUUGCAUUGUUUGCAAAAUUUGGAAAAGAGGUAACAGCAAAAAUGAAGCAGUACAAAGAUGAGCUAUUAGCAUCCUGUCUGACGUUUGUGCUCUCCUUGCCACAUGUUAUUGUUAUGCUGGACAUCAAGGCAUACAUUCCUGCUUUGCAGAAUGCUUUUAAGCUGGGACUUAGCCACACCCCAAUGGCUUUUGUGGCAUUGGAUGCACUGGAGGAUUGGUCAGUCCACAUUCCCAAAUAUGUCAUGCAGCCUUACUACAAGGACAUCUUGCCCUACCUUGAUGGUUAUUUAAAAACUUCUACAUCAACAGACGAAUCCCAAAAUAACUGGGAAGUGAAGAAACUUUCUCGGGCAAUUCAGAAGGGAUCUAACAAAGUAGUGAUACAGCGUCUGAAGAAAGCAAGGAGUCUUGGACUGGAGGAGGAUCUUUCAUUGGAAGCUGUAAGAACUAGGGUAGUACGCCUUCUUGGAUCUCUGGGAGGACAGAUCAAUAGGAAUUUAGUUACAGCUGCCUCUUCAGAGGAUAACAUGAGAAAAUUUGUGUCUUGGGACACAGAGAAGCACUUGAGCUUUGCAGUUCCAUUUGCCGAUAUGAAGCCUGUUAUCUACUUGGAUGUGUUCUUGCCUCGUGUCACUGAAUUGGCUCUUUCUGCUAGUGACAGGCAGACUAAGGUUGCAGCGUGUGAACUCUUGCAUAGCAUUGUUAUGUACAUGCUGGGGAAAGCUUCUCAAAUGCCUGAAGGGCAAAAGUGUUCUCCACCAAUGUUUCAUCUGUAUAAGCAUACAUUUCCUGUACUGCUUCGACUUGCCUGUGAUGUGGACCAGGUUACAAGGCAACUCUAUGAGCCUCUAGUAAUGGAGUUAAUUCACUGGUUCACAAACAACAAAAAGUUUGAAAGUCAGGACACAGUAGCAUUACUAGAAGCUAUUUUGGAUGGGAUAGUGGAUCCUGUGGACAGUACUUUGAGAGAUUUCUGUGGCCAGUGUGUCCAAGAAUUUUUGAAAUGGUCUAUUAAGCAAACUACACCACAGCAGCAGGAGAAAAGUCCAGUGAAUACCAAGUCUCUUUUCAAGAGACUGUACAGUCUUGCUCUCCAUCCCAAUGCUUUCAAGCGGCUGGGAGCUGCACUUGCUUUUAACAACAUCUACAGAGAAUUUAGGGAAGAGAGUGCUCUGGUGGACCAAUUUGUCUUUGAAACACUGGUUGUGUACUUGGAAAGUCUGGCCUUAACACACAGAGAUGAAAAAUCUUUAGGUACAACUCAACAGUGCUGUGAUGCUGUGGAUCAUUUGAAGCGUAUAAUUAAGCACAAAGCACCUACUCUGAACAAUGAAAGCAAUCGGCGAUUACCUCGGGGAUUUCCACCUGCUAAAUUAGUGUGUUUGGUGGAUGUUGUCAUGUGGCUUUUUACACAGUGUGGACGACCUCAAACUGAGUGCCGGCAUAAAGUCAUGGAACUUUUCUUUGAAUUUGUUCCCUUGUUGCCAGGAAACAAGUCUCCAUCUUCCUGGUUGCGUGAUGUCCUUCAGAAAGAAGGAGCCCUUUUUCUUAUAAAGAAAUUUGAAGGAGGAGGCAGUGAUGGUGAAAAUGUGUCUGGAAUCUUGUCUCACCCAACUCUUUGUGAUUUGGAAGAAUGUUUUAGUUUGCGAGCUGUUGUACUGUGGAUGGAUAUGCUUCUGGCUGCUUUGGACUGUUACAACACUUUUAUUGAGCAGGGAAUGAUCAGACCACAUGAGAUAUUAGCUACAAAUAUAGGGUCUUCGUUUCUGACAUCACUGGCGUUCUUCCUGGAAAAAAUUGCUUUGCAUGAUGUUGCUGAUACAGAACAUUGUUUUACCACUGGGUCAAAAGGCAACAUGUUCAGCCCACAAGAGAGAGAAGAGUACAGUUACAGCAAAUGUACAAUUGUAGUUCGAAUUAUGGUUUUUGUCAGCAUGAUACUGGACACCCGUCAGGAGGAUUUCUGGAAGCUACUUGAGAGACAGUUACUUAAUGAGAAUCUGAUAAAGCUUGUUGUGAGAACAGUGUGUGACCCCAAAACCAUAGGAUUUAACACAGCUGAUGUGCAAGUCAUGCAAAAGCUCCCAGACAUCUGUGUGAGACUUCUAAAAGCUUUGAUGAGAUCCCCUUAUAAAGAAUCACUAGAGAUCAGCAUAAAGCAAAUAAUAACAACAAAAAGCAUUGAAGAGCUUUGCAGUGUUGAACUGUAUAACUCAGAUGCCCAGUUGGAUCAUGUUAGACUUGGUGCUAUUCUGUCUGCAUGCAAACAGCUUCACACAGCUGGUCUACUUCACUGCAUCUUGCAGUCUCAGGGUGCAGAACUACAUUGCAAGACUGGCUCUACGCUCCUUCUAGUCGUGUACAAAGGUAUUGCACCAGCAGAUGAAAGAAAGUCCCUUCCGUCAUUGGACAUCGGCACUAAAAGACUGGCUGAGGGGCUGCUGCAGCUGGCUUUUGCUUUUGGUGUCCAGUGUGCAGAGUUGGUGAGUCUCUUGUUAAACUCAUUGAAGCUAUCUGUGCCACUGUCUGGAGCAUCUCAACGAAAUCUUAUCAGCUUUUCUCAUGGAGAGUAUUUCUACAGCUUGUUUUCGGAAACUGUUAACAGAGAGCUACUGAAAAACUUGGAUGUAGCAGUACUUCAGCUUAUGAGAUCAUCUCUAGAUAGCCCCCAAAUGGUUGGUACUAUUUUGAAUGGUAUGCUUGACCAAAGCUUUAGAGAUCGUACUGUUCGCAAGCAACAGGGAGUGAAACUGGUGACUGCUAUACUGAAGAACUGGGCACAACUUGACAACUGGUGGGCCAAAGAUUCUUCUCCUGAGAGAAAAAUGGCUGUCUUGACUCUGCUGGCUAAAGUUCUGCAGAUUGACUCUUCUGUGUCAUUUAACACACAACAUGAGGCAUUUUCUGUUGUUUUUAAUACGUAUGUGAGUCUACUUACUGACCAGAGUUUAGGUCUCAAUCUCAAGAGCCAAGCAAUCCUUAUCCUUCCAUUUUUCACUAAUCUUGACGGAGAAAGACUUAGUGACCUUAAGAAUGCACUUGACCAACUUGUAGUAUUUAAUUUCUCUCUGAGAUCUGAUGAAUUUCCUAAAGGAAGCUUAAAAUACAACAAUUACAUAGAUUGCACUAAAAAAUUCCUAGAUGCUCUAGAAUUAUCUCAAAGUCCUAUGUUGUUGCAACUUAUGACAGAAAUCCUUUGCAGGGACCAUAGGCACGUAAUGGAGGAACUAUUUGUAAUGAGCUUCAAAAGAAUUGCUAGAAGGGGUACGUGUGACAAACAAGUUAUGCUAUUGGAUACUGUGCACAAAAUGUUUCAAAGUGAAACUCAUCUCUCGAGUGCUAUCCGUCAAGCCUACAUAGAUCGCUCUCUCCUCACCCUGUUGCUAUAUUGCAGCUUGGAUACAUUGAAAGACUUUUUAAGUAAGAUUAUUGUGGAAGCCAUGGAUACACUAAAGUCCAGGUUUACAAAGUCAAAUGAAACAGCUUUUGAAAUGCAACUCAUCAAGAAAAUGAGCUACUACAAGCUUUUGGAAGUGAUGUAUUCCCGUCUUUCAAAAGAAGAUGUGUAUUCGAAAGACUCUGGAAUUAACCAAGCUUUUCAGCACUCUGCUAGUGUGGAAGGAAAUGAACUUACAAAGGCAUUAAUAAAGUCCUGCUAUGAUGCCUUUACAGAAAACAUGUCAGGUGAAACUCAGCUGUUGGAAAAGAGGAGACAGUAUCAUUGUGCUGCAUAUAAUUGUGCCAUUGCGGUUAUUAGCUGUGUGUUCAAUGAAAGUAAAUUCUACCAAGGCUUUCUUUUCACGGAAAAACCUGAAAAGAAUCUGUUUAUUUUUGAAAACUUGUUGGAUUUGCAGCACCGUUAUUCAUUUCCUAUAGAAGUUGAGGUUCCUCUGGAAAAGAAGAAACAAUAUAUUGCCAUUAGAAGAGAAGCUAGGGAAGCAAUCAGUGGAGAUUCAGAUGAGCCACACUAUUUAGGUUCUGCAACAUAUAUGGUAGACAGCAGUCUGAGUGAGGAAAUGAGUCAAUUUGAUUUCUCAACUGGAGUGCAGAGUUUUUCAUAUAACUCACAAGAUCCUACUGCCUCUGGUUCCCACUUCAAGAGAAAGGAGGCCACAGAAUAUAUGGUGCCAGAUGAUGUUAUGGAACUGGAAAUGGAUGAGCUCAACCAGCAUGAAUGUAUGGCUUCUAUGACAACCUUGGUCAAACAUAUGCAGAAAAAUAACAUAACACCAACAGUAGAAAAGGGUGAAGUUCCACUGAAUCUUCCUCCAUGGAUGAAGUUUCUGCACAGCAAACUUGGGAAUCCAUCUGUAUCACUAAAUAUUCGCCUCUUUGUGGCAAAACUCAUUGUGAAUACAGAAGAAGUUUUCCAACCAUAUGCAAAGCAGUUUCUAGGCCCCUUAUUGCAGCUAAUUGUUUCUGGAGAUAAUGGAGGAGAAGGGAUUCAUUAUAUGGUGGUGGAGAUAGUGGUCACCUUGCUUUCCUGGACUAGUAUUGCUACUCCCAAAGGAAAUAUCAAGGAUGAAGUCCUAGCUAACAGAUUGCUUGAGUUCUUGAUGAAGAAUGCAUUUCACCAGAAAAGAGCAGUGUUCAGACAUAACCUAGAAAUUAUCAAGACUGUAGUAGAGUGCUGGAAAGACUGCCUCAAUAUACCUUACAGAAUAAUAUUUGAACGGUUUUCUGGUGGAGAUCCCAAUACAAAAGACAACACGGUGGGAAUUCAGUUGUUGGGGAUAGUUCUUGCUAAUAAUAUGCCUCCCUAUGAUCCAAAAUGUGAAAUAGAUAGUGUGAGAUACUUCCAAGCUUUGGCUAACAACAUGGCCUUAAUACGAUACAAGGAAGUGUACGCUGCUGCAGCAGAAGUGCUAGGACUUGUCCUUCAGUAUAUUGCUGAGAAGGAAAAUGUAUUUGAAGGUCCAAUUUACGACUUGGUCAUAAAGCAACUAAAGGAACAUCAAAAUACCAAAGAGGACAAAUUUAUUGUAUGCCUGAAUAAAGUGGCAAAGAACUUUCCUCCUCUUGCUGAUAGGUUUAUGAAUACAGUCUUCUUCUUGAUUCCAAAACUUCAUGGGGUGAUGAAAACUUACUGUCUGGAGGUAGUAUUGUGCCGUGCCCAAGAAAUAGAAGACCUGUACUUGCAGAUGAAGAGUAAGGAUUUCACCCAGAUCAUGAGCCACAGAGAUGACGAAAGGCAAACAGUAUGUUUAGAUAUAGUAUACAAGAUGUUACCUAAGCUGAAACCAACCGAAGUACAAGAACUUCUGCCUACAGUGACUGGCUUCAUCUCUCAUCCUUCAGCAUUAUGUCGGGAGCGAAUGUAUGAUAUUCUCAUGUGGAUACAUGAUAACUACAGGGAUCCUGAAAGUCAAGCAGAUCAAGACUCUUCAGAUGUGUUUAAACAGGCAAAAGAAUUUCUGCUUCAAGGACUGAUCGAUGAAAAUUCUGGGCUACAAUUAAUUGUUAGAAAUUUUUGGAGUGAUGAAACUAGAUUACCAGCAAAUACCCUUGAUCGUAUGCUGACUUUGUUAAGUUCUUUAUACUCUUCCAAAAUUGAAACUCAGUAUCUGAGUCUAGCUACCAAUUUUCUGCUUGAAAUGACCAGCAAGAGUCCAGAUUACUCUAGGAAAAUGUUUGAGUAUCCACUUUCAGAAUGCAAAUUUCAGGAUUUUGUUGUUGACUCAAACUGGCGUUACCGAAGUACUGUUCUUACACCUCUCUUUGUGGAAACUCAAGCUUCCCAGAAUACCAAGAGGUAUCGAUCGCAAGAAGGAUCCUUUUUGACCCAUGGAUCUAUGGGUGGUCAACUGAGGGCUACACAACAAAAAUAUGAAUUUACCCCCACACAAAAUUUCAGUGGGAGAAGCUCUUUCAACUGGCUAAUAGGAAACAGUGUUGACACCUUUGCAGAGUCCACAGUUCCUUCAUCUUCUGAAUCCGUGUAUUCAUCAAUGCUGCUUAUUAACAAGCAGGCUGCCAGAUCACAAAGAACUGCCUUCAAACCAUUGGGUCCCAAUUUUGGGGGGAAACGACUGGGUUUGCCAGGAGAUGAAGUGGACAGCAAAACAAAAGGAAUAGAUGAACGAGCAGAAAUUCUGAGAUUGCGGAGACGCUUCUUAAAAGACCAAGAAAAGCUCAGUUUGAUUUAUGCAAAGAAGGGUGUUGCUGAGCAGAAACAAGAAAAGGAGAUAAAAACUCAACUGAAGCUGAAGCAUGAUGCUCAGGUAACUCUGUACAGGAGAUACAGGCAAGGGGAUCUCCCUGAUAUCCAGAUUGAAUACAGCAGUCUAAUUACCCCUUUACAGGGUGUGGCACAGAGAGAUCCUACCCUGGCCAAACAGCUCUUCAGCAGUUUGUUUAGUGGAAUUCUCAAAGAACUGAAACACUCUAAGUCGCAAUCUGAGAGGAACACCGUCAUCCAGCAGUUGGUGCAAGAUUUCAACCACUUCCUGACCACAACUGUAUUGUAUUUCCCACCAUUCAUAGCUUGCAUCCAGGAAAUGAGUUAUCAACACAAAGAACUGCUGGAUCUCAACGCUUCUAGUGUGAGUACCAGCUGCUUAGCAAGUUUACAGCAACCAGUGGGUAUCCUGCUUCUUGAACAAGCUUUAGUUCACCUUUCCCCUGAGGAGGACGAGCCACCCUCAAAACGUAUGCGCGGGAAGGCAGAACUUUCUCCAGAUGUGACUAGAUGGAUUGAACUAGCUAAGCUUUAUCGUUCUGUUGGAGAUUAUGAUGUUUUACGAGGUAUUUUUAGUGGAAAGAUUGGCACUAAGGAAAUUACCCAGAAGGCCUUAUUAUCAGAAGCAAAAAGCGAUUAUGCCGAAGCAGCUAAACAAUAUGAUGAGGCACUUUCUACACAAGACUGGCCUGAUGAAGAACCAACAGAAGCAGAAAAGGACUUUUGGGAAUUUGCAUCUCUUGAAUGUUACAACCAUCUGACAGAAUGGAAAUCUCUGGAAUACUGUUCAACAAUUAACAUUGAUAAUGCACAGCCCCCAGACCUAAAUAAAACUUGGAGUGAUCCAUUUUACCAGGAAACUUAUCUACCAUACAUAAUUCGCAGCAAGCUGAAACUUCUCCUUCAAGGUGGUGGUGACCAAUCCUUAUUGACAUUUAUUGAUGAGGCUAUGAAGACAGAACAAAAGAAAGCUCUUAUAGAGAUGUAUUACAGUCAAGAGUUGAGUCUUCUCUACACUUUACAGGAUGAUUUUGACAGAGCCAAAUACUAUGUCAAUAAUGCCAUGCAGGUGUUCAUGCAGAACUAUUCGAGUAUUGAUUCACUGAUGCACCAGAGUCGACUUACCAAGCUGCAGUCCAUUCAGGCUUUAACAGAAAUACAGGACUUCAUCAACUUUAUAAGCAAACCAAGUAAUAUAGCUUCUCCGGCUUCCCUUAAGCGACUUCUCAAUAUAUGGACGAGCAGAUAUCCUGAUACCAAAAUGGAUUCUAUGAAUAUUUGGGAUGAUAUUAUUACAAAUCGAUGUUUCUUUCUGGACAAAAUUCAAGAGAGACUGCCCAACACUUCUCUGGAAGACAGUAUGGAAAUAGAUGGAAAGGGUGAUUCUAGUUCUAAAAUGGAAGUGGACAAUGAGGCAGAAGACAUCAGCUCAAUGAUGAGGAACUGUAAAUUUGCCAUGAAAAUCAAGAUGAUAGAAAGUGCCAGAAAACAGAACAGCUUCUCGGUAGCCAUGAAACUUCUGAAGGACCUUCACAGAGAUUCUAAGACUAGAGAAGACUGGCUGGUGAGAUGGAACCACAGCUAUUGCCGCUUUAGCCACAGUCGCAGCCGCAGCCAGAAUAGUUCUGAACAAAUACUUACCGUGCUCAAAACAAUCUCACUUCUAGAUGAGACAAAGUCUGGCAGCUUGAGCAACAAUGCCCUAACUGUCCGCAAUCAAAACCUUCUCCUGGGUACCACUUUCCGCAUUAUGGCCAGUGCUCUUGGAAAGGAUCAGAGAUGUCUUGACCAGAUAGAAGAAGAAAAAGCUAGAAAAGUCAUAGUGCUUUCAGGAGAAAAAUCUGAUGAUGUUGAAAAGAUUAUAGCAGGUUUGAACAAGCAGGCUUUCCAGUGCUUUAGCAGUGCAGUGAGGAAAGCUGAAGAAGAGGUGCAGUCCCUCCCACUUGACCACGUAGAUACAAGUGGUAUCAUAGAUGCUUAUAUGACGUUGGCUAAUUUCUGUGACAGUCAUCUCUGUAAAGAAGAAGAAAACUCAGCAGGUAUAAAUGCUGUGGAUUUGAAGACUUUCCCAGUUAUUGUAGUGGAGAAAGUACUAAAAGCUUUAAAGUUGAAUUCAAAAGAAGCUAGGUUAAAAUUUCCCAGGUUGUUGCAAAUUGUAGAGAAGUAUCCAAAGGAGACAUUGGGCCUCAUGGCACGAGAGAUUUCCUCAGUUCCAUGUUGGCAGUUCAUUGGCUGGAUUAGCCAGUUGAUGGCAAUGCUGGACAAGGAUGAAGCAGUUGCUGUUCAGUAUACAGUGGAAGAAAUUGCCAGCCAUUACCCUCAGGCAAUAGUGUACCCCUUUAUGAUCAGCAGUGAAAGCUUUUCUUUCCAAGAAACUAUCAUGGGCCAUAAGAACAAGGAAUUUGUCGCAAGGGUGAAGAACAAAUUGGACAGAGGAGGAGUGAUGCAAGAUUUUGUCCAUGCCUUGGAGCAACUUUCCGGUCCUGCAAUGCUCUUCAGGGAUUGGACAGAGGAUGUCAAAAAUGAACUGACAAAAACAAAGAGAAAUACAAAUAAAAUUCAGCAGUUGUAUGAUGGAAUGUACCAAAACUUGGGAAAUAAGGAUACUCCAGGUCUUGGAAUGUUCAGAAAGCGAUUUAUUCAGAAAUUUGGGAAGGAGUUUGACAGUCAUUUUGGAAAAAAUGGUUUCAAGCUGCUAGAUAUGAAAGCCAGUGUCUUCAGCAAUAUUGCAGACUCUCUCUUCUCGUCAAUGAAAAUAUGGCAGAAAGAACCUGGGAAUUUGAAGGAGUAUUCACCUUGGAUGAGUGAAUUCAAACCAGAAUUCUUGAGGCAUGAACUGGAAGUUCCUGGUCAAUAUGAUGGUAAAGGAAAGCCAUUGCCAGAAUACCAUGCAAACAUUUCUGGAUUUGAUGAACGGAUAAAAACAAUGGAAUCCAUCAGGAAACCAAAGCGUAUAAUUAUCAGAGGCAGUGAUGAGCGGGAGUAUCCUUUUCUUGUAAAGGGAGGGGAAGAUCUCCGGCAAGAUCAGCGCAUUGAGCAGCUCUUUGACAUUAUGAACACUGUCCUUUCACAAGAUGCUGCCUGCAGCCAAAGAAACAUGCAAUUAAAAACUUACCAGGUUAUACCAAUGACCACCAGACUAGGACUGAUUGAAUGGCUUGAGAAUACCUGUACUUUAAAAGAAUUCCUUUUGAAGAACAUGACUGAGCAAGAAAAAAAUGAUUAUAGCAGUUCCAAAGGACCUCAUGCUGAUUACAGUGACUGGCUGUGCAAGAUGGGAGAGAAGAAAGAAGGUAUUGCACGCUACAUGCCUAUGUACAAGAGAGCUAGUCGUACGGAAACAGUAAUGUCUUUCCGACGCCGAGAGAACCAUGUUCCUGAAGACCUGUUGAGGAGGGCCUUUGUUAAGAUGAGUACAACUCCAGAGGCCUUGCUGUCUCUGCGAUCCCAUUUUGUCAGCUCUCAUGCGUUGAUGUGCAUCAGCCACUGGAUUCUUGGCAUUGGAGAUAGACAUUUGUCCAAUUUCAUGAUCAACAUGGAAACAGGUGGCAUGGUGGGAAUAGACUUUGGACAUGCAUUUGGUUCUGCUACACAGUUUCUGCCAGUGCCAGAACUGAUGCCUUUUCGUUUGACUCGCCAGUUCAUUAACUUGAUGUUACCUAUGAAGGAAUCGGGUCUAAUUUACAGUGUGAUGGUACAUUCCUUAAGAGCCUACCGUGUAAAUCCAGACGUACUCAUUAAUACUAUGGAUGUGUUUGUAAAGGAGCCUUCCUGGGACUGGAAAAAUUUUGAACUGAAACAACUGAAAAAAGGAGGUACAUGGACUAAGGAAAUAAACACAGAUGAGGUAAAUUGGUACCCCCUCCAAAAAGUAAAUGUUGCCAAAAGAAAGUUAGCAGGUGCCAAUCCAGCUGUGAUUACUAGUGAUGAAUUACGGCUGGGUCAUGAAAAAUCAGCUGCCUACAAGGAUUACAUAUCUGUGGCAAGAGGAAGCAAAGAGUACAACAUCCGAGCCAGAGAACCAGCAGAUGGGCUUUCAGAAGAAACACAAGUGAAGUGCCUUAUAGAUCAAGCAACAGACCCAAAUAUCCUUGGCAGAGUUUGGGAAGGAUGGGAGCCCUGGAUGUGAGGGAUGAAAGACGCAAUCAACAUGAAACUCAUGUCCAAGCUGAUGUGGUCAGGUUGCCACCACUUUGGGAAUUGAAGUGAAGGUGAAGACUAAUUGGACUGCAUAUUACUUUCACUCAGAAAUACUUAGAGCAAUGUAAAUCAAGUUGUGAUACAGCAACAGAGUUUAGUCAUACAUGACAGUUCAGCAGUUUGCUCUUGUGACUAUCCAACUUGUGAGAGAUAAAGAGAAAUGAAAUGAUCACUUAUCCAGUGUACAAGACCUAUGACAAGUAUGGAAAUGCUGCUUAAGGAGGAAAUUAGAGAAGCUUAAAGCAUGAUGUUUACAGCUCAGAGAUUAUGCCUUUAAUUGCUGACAUUAGUAAAUGCUAGAAGAGUAAACUUGUCUGAGAUUGCCCCUACCAUUCUGUGAGCAAGAAAAUUCAAGUUAGGGUUUUUCCUAUAGAUGGAAGAGGAGCCACAAUCUUAUGUGAGUUUAUUUGUCCAAUGUUACACUGAUCACUGGAGCAGGCCAAUUUUACAAGGAGUUUUUAGUAGGAGUUUGCAGAAUAGUUAUGCUGUUUAAUAAAAUACUUAAGAUGACACAACUUCUGUUGUUCCAGAACAUGAACAGGGGGGGAGAGGUGAACUGUACCAUUGGAGCAUGUGGGAAUAUUUGAUGUUGAGGAAUGUCCUGUAAAACAUUUCAAAACGUAUUUUGCAAUAAAUUUCCUGUUAUCUCUUGUGAA